GGCGGCGCUGUCCGACGCCGGGUCAGCUGUUAUCGCCCGCAUUGGGGUAGCGCUACUCGACCUACCUAUCUCAUGCCCGCCAUGAAUUGAACAAGCAAUAUUCCUUUCCCAAGCUCUGUAUAUAUACAUACAUACUUGUCUCGCUGCAAGCUUGGCUGCUUCGAAUCUGUGACAUCGCACCGUCCACUCAAUCGCACGUGACAGUCCGACGCAGACAUACACACAUACGCACAUCAUGGCGACCACCAACCUCCCCAAGAACGCACACGUGUCCACCCAUCCUUGUCUUCAGGCAAAACUCUCCCAGCUACGGUCAGCAAGCACAGGUUCCCGUGAUGCACAGACGCUGGUUCAUGAAAUCGCCCUCAUGGUGGGCUAUGAAGCCCUCGGCUCAGGAUUGAAGUCACAGCAGGGAAGCACAGACAAGUCGCCCUUGGGGUAUGAGUACACAACGAGCACCACCUCACCCGCCCCCUCUGCUAUAUCGCUCGUGCCUAUCCUCCGCUCUGGUCUCUCUAUGGUCCCUGCGCUCUCAUCACUCCUCCCUACCCCAGUCCCCAUCCACCACCUGGGUCUCUACCGCGAGAAGACGACCCUGCAACCAGUCGAAUACUACAACAAUCUGCCCUAUCACACCCCGCACAUGUCUGGCGCCACCAAGCCCCAGCCCGAGCUGGCCAUCAUCGUCGAUCCCAUCAUUGCGACCGGUGCGACGGCUUGUGCGGCUAUUGAUACGCUCAAGGACUGGGGUGUUAAGAAGAUCAUUGUCUGCAGUAUUCUGGCUACCGAGGAGGGGCUUCAAAAGGCCUGUAGUGAGUGGGAGGAGGGCGUUGAGGUGUGGGUUGGCGCGUGCGAUAAGGGUGUUGAUGACAAAGGCAUGAUCAAGCCGGGACUAGGCGAUAUUGGAGACAGGCUAUUCUUGACACUGGGAAAAUAAGUCCAUAGCAAGCCAUAGGAAUUCACGUGCACAGUGUUCCGCGUGUGAUACUUGGUAACUUUGGUCCUCAGUGGACCAAGCUGUGUUUUGCUUCACGUGCUGUUUCUAAGGGUCUCGACCAAAAGCAUGGUCAUGGAAUAGGGGUCGCCUUCUCCCUUGCGCCUCGAUGCAGACAUGGCGGAUUGUCUUGUCGAUCGGCUUGUCCGGUGCAAGCUUCGGGCUGGCAAGAGCCUAGUAGUCGAGAAUGUAUGGUAUGUAGCUGUGGCAGUGCUACUUCCAAGCUCUUGGCCUCAACCAUCAGCCACUGAUGACGCAAAUGUACA